AUGGAAAGAAAGAAAAUGGCCUCCCGCGAAAAAGUCCUGCAAACCACCGAGCUACUCGAGCUCAUCCUCUUCCACCUCCCGAUGCGAGACCUCCUCCUCGCCCAACGCAUCUGCAAACGCUUCAACGACCUCAUCCGCCACUCCACCACCCUCCAACAAACCCUCUUCUUCCUCCCGCGCCCCGCAUUACCAUCAUCCACCCCACCGGCCGCCACCACCUCGUCCCCGCCCCUCCGCUCCUUCGCCACCGGCGCCAUCACCACCGAGCCCUGGGACCGCAACCCCCUCCUCACCUCCGCCUUCCCGCCCUGGUUCGACCGCGGCGUCCCCGCACGCAACCGCCCGCGCUACAAUAGCCUCACCCGCCUCACCACCCUCCCCCUCGCCGCCACCCCCGCCGCGCGCGACGCCUUCCUCCGCCCCGACGCGUCCUGGCGCAACAUGUUCGUCACCCAACCGCCACUCACCGCGCUCGACCGCCUCAACCGCGUGCACUCGAUGGAGGGCGACGGCGCCAGAUGGGGGACGCUGCGUUUCCCGCACGGCGUCACCAUGGGCGUGCUGUACGACGCGACGUGCGAGGAGUUGCUGCCUUUUUAUGACUGGGCGGUGGGGUUUGGCGUGCAGUGGCAGGGGGCGCGGGGGAGGGUGGUGCUGGUGGCGGAGUUUAUUGCGCAGUGUACGGAUGAGACGAGCGAGGAGGAGACGAGGGAGUGGGAGGGGUACUAUAGUAGGGCGUUUCGGGAGAUGCCGAAGAUUGAGUGGGAGAGUAGGGGCGACGGGGGCCCGGUGGCUCAGGAGGAGUUGCUUUUGGAUGGGGAUUAUGAGGCUGAUGUUCCGUGGGAGAGGUGA